UAUCAAGCAAACGAUUCCAACUGCCUCGGUAUCUGCACUAAAAGAUUGCCACUGUGCCGGAAGCCAGCAUGUCGAGCAUGCAAUCCGUCGUCCACGCCCUAGGGCCCAUGCUUCACAACUUGUUGCAGGGCGAAGAACAUAUCCGAAAACCUGCCGAAUCGGAGCUCCAACAAUACGUCACGCAUGCGACAUAUCAAACUUUCCACGGUCUCGCCCUCAUCGCCCAAGGCGCCGGAGCUUACCCAACAGGAUCCCGAACCCUAGCUCUCCUCUUGCUCAGACGUCAACCGUUCAUCAGCGUGACCCCGAUCAACCCUAACGACCCGCCUACAUACUUUCCCUUCGACGCUCUGGUGGAUGAACAGGUGGAUGAGAUCUUCAAGUGUCUGAUCGGGUGUUUGGAGACGGAGCUGGAUGGGAGGAUUAGGAAGGGGUUGGCGGAUACGGUCGGCAAGUGGAUGGAAGAGUGGACGAGUCGAGGCAGAGACGUCCCAGCUCUCCUCCCCGUGCUACUAAGACUAGCAACCUCGACCUCCCCGCUGCACCGUCUCUCAGUCUACCAACUCAUCAUCCACCACCCCUCCAUCCUCUUUACCCUCUCGUUCAGCACCUCGACCUCGCAAGAAGCCAUCCCGCUCAAAUCGGGGGACGUAGCACAGUUGCUCGCACGGGGUAUGGAGGAUGAUUUCGUCGAUGUCAGGUUGGCGGCUGUCAAGGCUCUUCAGGGGGUCUUGGAGGGGGAACAUAUGGAGGAUGAAGGGAGGGAUGAGGUGGGGAGUGAUUUGAUCGGCAAGGCUUGUCAUGUCCUGACGACCCUCAACGUCGACAAGUUCUCCAUCGCCUCGACUCCAUUGACGUCGAUCCUCUCGACAUACCCAAACCUCUUCGAACCUCACCUUGAGAACCUCUACAAAUACCUCCUCUCCCUCUGCCUUCCUCCCCCUGAUAAAUCCUCCCACCUGCCGCUCUUACUACAACCUUCUACCUAUACGUCCAUCUCCCCGGUACAAAGCGGCGGAGAGGCCUCAUCAGAUGCAGAAGCGGACGAGGAGAGGUAUUCAGCUGCCUUGGAGUUCUUGUUGACGUUGAUAGAGACCGCGGAUUAUAUACCGUUGAGGGCGUUGUUGAACGAGGACAAGGGAGCGAUGGUGAAGAUGCUCUUGGGGAGGAUGUAUGUGGCGCUGGGGUCGCAAGAGGACGAGGAGGAUAAUCUGGCAGAGUGGUUGAAGGCGGAUGAUCUCGAUGAGAUCAACGAAGAUUAUCCGAACGAGCCCGAGGACGCCUUGUUGAGACUGUUCGACGCUAUUCCCCAAAGCUUCCGACGGAAAGACAAGGCGUCUACAUUGAUCUUGGAGCCGAUUCAGCAGCUGUUGCAGUUGAGCGAGUGGAGAGGACGACAUACGGGUCUGAUGGCCAUAUCUGCCGUCAUGUCGAGCGUCAUGGAGGACGAAGAGGACAAGGAAAAGACGUGCCAGGAGAUCUUGGCCAUGCUGCAAUCUUGCAUCGCGGACUCACAACCUCGAGUAAGGUAUGCCGUCAUCUAUACGAUCGGGCAGAUGGCCUUGGCAUUCGAGGAGGAAGACUUUCCCGAGUCGGCAGCUGAUGCUAGUCUGCGAGCUCUUUCCUUGGGAUUCUCUUACCCAGAACCGCGUGUUCAGUGUCAAAGCGCGCUGAGUCUUGUCAACUUGACCGAGGUCACCUCCAGCGCAGUCAACCCGGCUCAUGUACAGGCGUUGGUGCCGAGAAUGGUCGCCUUGAUACAAUCUGGCCCGAAAUUCGUACAAGAGGAAUGCACGACGGCUUUGGCUUAUCUGGCUCUCAUCGCCGAGGGUAGUUUCGCACCAUAUACCGCCGACAUCAUGGAGAUGCUACUGCAUAUCCUCCGGACAGCAUCGGGAGAGGAGUAUCGUCUGCUUCGCUGCAGAGCGUUCGAGGCAUCGGGUAUCAUCGCGGUAGCAGUGGGCAAGGCGGCGGUGAUCCGACACCUCGAUGCGGUUGCCAAGGAGUUGAUGAAAGCACAAGCGGAAGUCUCCCCGGACGAUGAUUUCCAGGCCAGCUACAUCGCGCAAACAUGGUCCAAGGUGGCUCGAGUCAUGGGUUCCGACUUCUCGCCAUACGUGGGCUAUGUAAUUCCAGAUCUCUUGAAAAAGGCAAGCGUCCGACCCACAAUACAACCCCUAGAGAGCGACGGGACGGAGGAUGAGGUUAAUCUACCGCCCGGCAUGGAUGUGAUCAAUUUCCAUGAGACUUCACGAAUAGCUAUCGAUUCGAAGGCGAUGGAGGAGAAGGGUUUGGCGUUCGAAGCCUUGCCAGAGUACUUAUCCACGCUGGAUGCAAUUACGUUUGCGCCUUAUCUCGAUCAAGCCCUCGUCGUAACGCUGGAGACGGUCGAUUUUAUGUGGGACCCGAACGCCAGAACAAACGCCAUCUCCGCCCUUCCGCAUCUUUUGCAACACGCAAAAACACUUCAGCAACCCGACAAAAUCGCUCCCAUCUUCACCGCCCUGAAUUCGGCAAUCUUGCGUGAAACCGACACGGAAUAUCUCUCAACGCUUUACGCAAGCUACGAGAAAUGUCUCGGCGUCCUGGCUUCGCCGUUACCACCGGAUGUGCGCAAGCUUUUUGAAGACGCUACCGAGUUCCAGCUGUCUGGAUUCGAAGAGAUCCGCAAACUACGCUGCCAGGUCGACCACUAUUCGACAUCAGAUAGGCGGCUAGAGUGUGAGACGCAAAGCGAGGAGAAUGAAGCGCUGACGGCGAUCAGUCGGGCGCUCAAAAAGAUCGACUCGAAACAUCGCCUAUUCAACUUGCUUGGCGUAGCUCGAUCUUACAAGCUCAGCAAGCAGGGCCGGGGAGAGGAAGACGUUUGAUUAGACAUGAUUGCAUAUAGAGACAGACAGGAUAUGCUGCGGAGACUUUUUGUAUCGUUAAGAUCAUACAAUAUGCGCAUGGCCGAUCAUAAUCAUGAACCCGGAGACGGCGACGUUUUGAAGU